GAAGUUUAUCCUGAGCUUGUAUAAAGCUUCCUGUGCUCCUGUUGAAAGAAACAUAUUUUGAAACAUUCAUGGCUUGACUGUACAAAACAGAUAUAAGAAGUAAACACACAGAAGCCCAAGAUGAACUACGUACCAGGGACAGCCAGCCUCAUUGACGACAUCGACAAGAAGCACCUGGUGCUGCUACGAGAUGGCAGAACGCUGAUCGGUUACCUCAGAAGCAUUGAUCAGUUUGCCAAUUUAGUUUUUCACCAGACAGUUGAGCGCAUCCACGUGGGGAAAAAGUUUGGUGACAUCCCCAGAGGAAUAUUCAUUGUGAGAGGAGAAAAUGUGGUGCUGCUUGGAGAGAUAGAUGUGGACAAGCCCUGCGACACGGUGCUGCAGCAGGUCUCCAUCGAAGAGAUCCUGGAGGAGCAGCGGUUGCAGCAGCAAACCAAACAGGAGACGGAGAAAGUCAAAAUGCAGGUCCUGAAGGAUCGAGGCCUUUCCAUACCCAAAGCCGAUAAUUUGGACGAAUACUAACACCGCCUUGUUUCCAUGAGCCUCUUUCUCAGUUUGUAUGGGACUGAUCAGUUUUAUGUUGAAUUGGAGCGCGCAUGAGCGCAUCUUUUUUUCCUUAAUGGGGCAGAGGACAGCAUCAUUCUGGGUCUCUCUACUGUAGCGUACUGUAUCAAUUUCAUUUGAAUUCUCUGGGGGGGAAUGUGAUCGGCUGGUUGUUCUCAGUUUUACAUUUCAUGGUGACAGUAGAAAAAAAAUGUGUUUAUCUGUGAGCACUAUGUUGGCAAUUUAGCAAUCAUUCUACAGCAGCACUUUGAAUUCUGUAACAUGAUGAAUCUUUUUGUUUUUGAGAUUGUGAGUCGGCUAUUGACAAAAAACACUUUUCUUUUCUUUUUUUUGCUCCAUUAAAGAAUUUAGUUUUUCAUUAUGAAAGGCCUGCUUGGAAAAGUAGUGUCAUUUCAUCACCUCUCGAUGCUGCCCAGUCUCUGUUUGUCUGUUUUAUUUCAUGCAUUAAAGGCACUAACAGCGAAAAA